CAAAAAACAGUUUGCUCCGCUUCCGGAAACAAAAGUUUGUAUCUUUUUCCCUCAUUUCAUUUCUCCUUCAAAUUUUUCAGUGAACUUUUAAUAUCUCAGAAACAUUUGAGGAGAAGAAAAUCGAAUCACAUUUCCGGCAGAAACAUGGACAAUUCUAAAGUUCAGGAGGUAUGUACAUAUUUCCCUUCUGAUGAUUGAUUCAUUCCAGGUUAAUGGUUUUAGAUUUAAUUUUUCCCAGAAUUCUCUCUAAUUGGAAAGAGUUUUUGGGGAUGGAUGAACAGAUAUUGGAGCAGCAGCUUCUGACGGUAGCUAAGGUGGUGGAGGAUAAGAUCGAUGAUGAGAUUGCCGCCUUGGAUAAGAUGGACAUGGACGAUUUGGAAGCCCUUCGAGAGCGGCGUUUGCAACAGAUGAAGAAAAUGGCUGAAAAGCGGAGCCGUUGGAUCUCCCUCGGUCACGGCGAGUACUCAGAGAUCCCUAAUGAGAAGGAAUUCUUCUCCGUCGUCAAGGCCAGCGAACGUGUUGUCUGCCAUUUUUAUCGAGACAAUUGGCCUUGCAAGGUGGUGGACAAGCAUUUAAGCAUACUGGCAAAGCAACACAUUGAAACCCGUUUUGUGAAAAUCCAUGCUGAGAAAAGCCCAUAUCUGGCAGAGAAACUUCGGAUCACUGUUCUUCCUACUCUAGCAUUGAUAAAAAAUGCCAAAGUAGAUGAUUAUGUGGUUGGAUUUGAUGAGCUUGGUGGGAAGGAUUCAUUCAGCACCGAGGAACUGGAAGAGAGGUUAGCAAAAGCUCAGGUCAUCAUUUUUGAGGGUGAAUCUUCAUUACAUUCAUCAAGAUCGAAAGGUCAAACCAGGAGUGUUCGACAAAGCUCAAACCCAGACUCUUCAGAUUCAGAGUGAUUACAUCACCUAGUGUAUUUCCUUAAGCUCCGUGUUAAAUUAAUGUUGUACCAUGUUGUGUACCCUGCCUCAAUAUAAAGUGGUGGAAAUGACUUUGCUAUCUUGUUUCAUUUGGUUGGUAGUGCACCUGUUGUUCUCCAUUUGAUUUAGUUGGUAGUUGGAAAAUGGCUUGUUUUCUGUAGGAUGGAAUGGAACAUAUUACCUCAUUACAUAUCUUAAUAUGGCCUAUACUUUUUUCGGUCAAAAUUUGCCUUAGGUUGCAUAUUACUCUACUUUGUUCAUGGAUGCGUGUGGUGUAUUUUUCUUUUGUAUUCCAUCUUGCUUAAUCCAAUGAUCCGCGUUGCAAGUG